AAUACAUCCAGGGGCUUUGCUUAGGUGGCGAAGUCUUGACCCGCCCUGCUCUGCCUCUGAUUCGCUAGUACUUGUUGCCUUCGUUGGUGUGAUUGGUUAGGGUUAGGCUAAGAAUAUCGGGGUAAGCCAAUCAGAGGCAGAGUAGAGUGAGCCAUGACUUCGCCAUUCUAGGAAAAAAAAAAAGUUGGCGAAGUGUACACUUGUCUAACUUCCAUGAAUCACGUGACUAUGGCGAGGACAUUCUCUCACGGGAAGACGUGAUUAUCAGUAGAAGAUCAGUGAGAAAGGAAUGUAAAGAUGACAGCCGUCAUAGUUGUACACGGUGGAGCUUGGGCCAUACCGGAUCAUCUCGCCAAGGCCUCCGUUGAUGGUGUGAAGGCUGCAGCAUGUGAAGGGUUUUCUGUGCUGAAAAGAGGAGGAUGUGCACUGGAUGCUGUUGAGACAGGCGUGAAGGCGCUGGAAGACAACGCUGUGUUUAAUGCAGGACAUGGAGCAGCACUAAAUAUGGAGGGGGAAGUGGAGCUGGAUGCCAUCAUCAUGGAUGGAAAGACACUUGCCAGUGGUGCUGUGUCGUCAGUGAAGAACAUUGCCAACCCUGUGUCACUGGCACGGGCAGUGAUGGAAAAGACUCACCACAGCAUGCUGACAAGCAGAGGUGCAAACCUGUUUGCAGAGGGCAUCGGCGUGGUCACAGUUCCCACUGAUACGCUGGUUACCGAGUAUGAGAGAAAAGAAUGGGAGAAGCAUGAGAGUUAUGUUACUGGUGUGUUGGAAGAUUUCAACUCUAAGUGGGCACAUGAUACUGUCGGUGCAGUUGCUGUGGAUUGUGAUGGAAAUGUUGCAUGUGCUACAUCAACUGGAGGGAUCCGAAAUAAAAUGGUCGGCAGAGUAGGAGACUCUCCGAUUAUCGGCUCUGGAGGAUACGCAGACAACUUGAGUGGUGCAGUGUCUUGUACCGGCCAUGGAGAGUCCAUCCUUAAAAUCACACUGGCCAGACUCAUUCUUUCACAUAUUGAACAAGGUAAAUCAGUUGCAGAUGCUUCACAGUUGUCUCUGAGCUACAUGGGAGACCGCGUCAAAGGUGCAGGAGGAGCUAUCGUAGUUUCUCCAUCAGGGCAGUGGGCAGCCACGUUUUCAACAGAGCGAAUGGCUUGGGCAGCUGUGGAACAAGAUGUUCUGUGGUAUGGAUUAGACCAAAAUGAAAGAUUUAAAGAGCAGCUGUCCCAGUAACCAUUUUAACAGUCUUUAUCCUUAUCAGUCAUAGUAUUGAUCCAUGCAAUAGAGAAACAUAAAUCAAAUAAUGCACAUUUUCUUCUUUCUAAUUUGUGAUAUCCAAGCUUCAUGUGUUCAGUGACACAUACAUUGUAAAAGAUAGAGAUCAUGAAUGUUACACUAUACAAGUCUCAACAUCUGAGUCAUGUUAACAUUUAGUCUAUACAAUUGAUAGCUGAAUUCUGAUUGCAUAUGACAUAUGCACAUAGGUAAAAUCAGAGCAAAGAACUGCAGCAUUGGUGGAUCACUCUUUAGAGACUGUAUUAAAGGUACAUUAUAUAAGAUCAGACUGUGAACAAUAUAAUUGAAUGAAAGUAAUCAGAAAUGUAUCUGUAAAAGUUAUUUCUCAAAUUUGAUAGACUGUUAAUUUAAGCCAGUAUUCAAAGUCCUUGUAUGAAGUUGAUUCUGGUCAUAUUGUACCUUCUUAAAUUCAACUUAAAGAACUUCUAUGAUUCGUGAUUUUUAAUUCUGAGCCUUGGAAUGAAGAAGUCUACUAGUUUUCAGUGCUGCCGUAUGCUGAAAGCAGUUAACUAGUGGAUAGGAUAGAAAACCAGCUGUCAUCCUGAGAGUCGCUCCCGUUUUUAGUAAUUAUUUAUUUGAUUAGUUGGCAUUCAAUAACAAACACUGAGUUUAAAGCUGAGCCAAUUAAUUGAUACUGUGUGUCUGUGAAAUGUGUCUGAGGGUUUUUCUCACCAAAUGUUUUUCAGUGUCAUAAAUAGCUGUUUUUGAUGCUCUUCAAGCACCUUUAGUGAAAUGGACUGUUACCGGGUUGUUAACAUAACAAUGGCCUUAUUCAUCAGCCUCUACUUCAUUUGGCCUGCAGUAUUGUUGGCCUCGCUUCAUGCUUUGAAACAAUGGCUGCUCAACUAGGAACAAAACUCUUGCUGUUAACGAAUGUGAUUCAGAAUUAUAAUUAGAUAGGAUGAUCAUUUGCUCCCAUUGUGACUGAAGAUAGAGGGGCAGCUCUGAAUGACUGAGCUGCCCCUUUAUUUAAAAACUAGUCAAAGAGAAAAGUACCAGUUUCAUGUUUUUAUAAGACUUACUGACAGUGAUGUCACCUCCUAAACUGGACAGUUUAUUUUUUGUAGAAUUUGUAGUAACAUUUUCAUCAAUAUAGCAUAAAAAUAAUAUAGGUAAACACAAAAAUAAUGUACAUAGACACUAACAACAUUAUCAGAACCUUGAUUUGGUUCAUUAAUUAUUGUUAUCUGGAGAAAUUUAACAUGAAAUUCCAUCAGCAACAGUUGUCUUUUAUGAAUCUAUUGUUCUUCCCAUGCAAUAUUUAGAAAAUAUAUCCUAAUCUUACUUAAGAAAGAAUAUUUUUCUAUUUUCUUAGGAGGGUGAGGUAUGAUGUAACCUUAAGGGGAAGAUUAAUAUUGGUCUGAAAACAACAAACAGUUUACGGAAAAAAAAAAUGCUAUAAAUCUGUGUUCUGUUGAUAGUAGCUUCAAGGGAUAAAAAACAAUUUCAAUCCUCAUUCUUUUUGGUUCUCAGAGUAGGCUGAGUUAUUUCUGUUGCUCAUAUUGUCACAGAAUCCUUUAUGUAAAAUUAAUUCACGUGCAUGUACAAUUUUAGUGAUGGUACUGUAUUCUGUGUAACUGAAAAAAUGUCUGAUUGUGUGAUUUCCUAAAAUGAUAAUAAAGGAUAAGUAAGUCAGAUAGUCAGGUGCUCAUAUAAACGUUGAAACUCGUUUCCUCGUUUUGAGCAAAAGUGUAUUUAGAAGUUUAUCUGAAGCUAAUAUGAGGCUUCAGCUGUCUGAGUUAGUCAGAUAAAGUGGAAAUCCUCCACAUUUGCAGACUUUUUAGUGAAACUGCAGAUAUACAGGGUUUUCCUGUUCAGCUGCAGUGGAAGGAUUGUAACAAAAAGAGGGAAUUUGGCACAAAAAAGUCUAACUUUGAAAGAUAUUGAACAGGACGAACAAUGAUUGGCCAGUAUGAACAGGACAAAUGAUUAUGAUCGGAAACGCAUGUGUCAAUUUGUACACCUGAGUUAUUUUAGGAUGGACUUGGAAAACUGUGAACCUAUACCAUAUGUGUCUUAUUUUACAUGAGGGGGAGAAAUUACAGUAGUAUUUUGAACAAUGUAGAAAUGAUUUAACUCCAGGCAAGAAAAUGUUAAAUGUCUCUCCUUAUUUCACUUUGUCACGGAAAUAAACUCAACAGUUGAGCACA